AUGGCCACGGCGGCCAUGGACCCCGCCGAGCGGGAGAUGCUGCUCUGCGUCAUGGAGUCCGUCUCCGCCGACCGCGACUGGCGCGAGGCCGCCGGCGACGACCCCUGCAGCUCGCCGUGGCCGGGGCUCGAGUGCAGGCCCGAGACUACUCCCGGCGCCAAUAACGGCGGCGCGGCGCGGAUGCACGUCGCGCGCCUCGACUUCAAGGUGCCGCCCAACCCGACGUGCAAGGACACGACGACGUUCCCGGUGGCCGUGUUCGCGCUACCGGAGCUCCGUGCGCUGUUCCUCAUCGGGUCCUUCAAGAACCCCGACGCCGUGGCCGCCUUCGCGCUGCCGCCGGCGUCCAACCUGUCGUCGUCGCGCCUGCAGCAGCUCAGCGUCCGCGCGAACCCGUCGCUGUCCGGCACGCUGCCGCCGCAACUGUCCAGCCUCCGGUCGCUGCAGGUGCUCGCUGCUCACCGUGUCGCAGAACGUGCUGGGCCGGGGCGUCGUUCCGUGGGGCAUCGACGAGCUCACGGACCUCGUGCACCUCGACCUCAGCUACAAGCCUACAACUCCCUCACGGGCCCGAUCACGAGCGUGCUCGGUGACCUGCGCGGCCUCGUCGACCUCGACCUUAGCUACAACUCCUUCUCUGACCUCAGCUCCAACAACCUCACCGGCGGCGUCCCGUCCGCCCUCACCCGCGUCAGGGCUCUCAGCAACAACGGCAGCUGGCUCUCACGUUCCUGGCGCUCAGCAACAAAGGGAUGCGCGACUUCUGGUUUUCCGAAUCGGCAUAGGAGGAUUUGGGGGGCGCGCACGAAAAGUUUUUUUGACAAGCGAAUUGGUAUUUUUAAGUGGUUAUUAUUAACAGAUUUUGCUAUGUCUUGA